AUGAGCUCCAAUGUCAUAGUUUUGGAUUCUGAUGAAGAGUGUUUAUCACCUAUGAUAGAUGCCAAUAAAUUUACUGGUCAAACCUUUGGGGGUGGCGCAACCCAGGUGGAAUCAGAGGACAAAGCUCAAUCGGAAGAUAGCGACCAUGACAUUUUUGAUUUCUUAGGUGUUCAACAGGACAGUCUAAAAUCCAAUACGAAUAAUAAAAAAACUGAAUCAUCUGAUGAUAUUAUUUUGAUUGACGAACUAUCGCAAGAUUGUGAUACACCAAAAAGAUAUUCAGUGGAUACAGAAUGUCCUGAACUAAUAUGUAUUGACGACAACGAUGACGGUAAUACCGAACUAAAUACAGACUCAAGUGUUAUGAGAAAUCAAAACAAUUUGUUUUACUUUCCAUCGUCCCCACAGUAUCAGAACGCGAUUAGUGAUGAUGGCGCUGUGGCUCAGGAUGGCAAUGACAUUAUUGUUGGAGUGCCAAAAAGCAGUAGAGAAUUCCUGGACUUGUCACGUAAUAGCGCAUUAAUGCAUAGUGAGCUUCAAACUAUGACACCUGAUGUAAAUACUCAAUUUCAAGACAGAAGUCCAGCUCCCUUCGCAUUUAACUAUACUAAAGAUUGUGAUAAAAUAACCCAGAAUACCUUUACUGAUUCUAGUAUAAGCAUAUUACAGGUUCCAAACGAAAAGCCCAAAAGCAACUCAAAAGGUAAAUGUUUCAAUAGCUCCUCGAGUAUUGGGUCAAUCAACAUACCCUUACAGAAACCUAGGAAACUGAAAACCCCGCUAAUAUUGAACCAUGAUCAACAGAAACAAAUGAAUGAAUAUGCAGCAUUGGAAAGAUCAGGAACUAACACAAAAACUUACAAUACACAACUUUCUUCUUCAAAACCAUUGUCCUCUGAACUCUCCGAGUCAAGUGAUAGCUUUAGAGAAAUUCGUAGUUCAUCUCAUGUAAUCAAUGGAAACAAUAUUUUGAAGGACCUACAAAAAGGAAAAACACUACAAGCUAAGGAUUUAGUAAAGGAUUUAGCAAGAAUUCGGAAUAGGCAUUCUAGCAGGGACGAAUAUACACAUACCGCUCAUCAAAAAUUAAUAGCACCAUCUCCGAAUAAAAGUUUAGAAGAUGACAACUUUAGUUCUGAUGUUAUCAAUAGUUCAUCCGAACCACAGUCUCAAAAUCACUUUAUGAGCAAAGUUAAUAGCGAAGUAACUAGCUACUCUGAAGAAAGGUUAGAAUUUAUGUUGGACCGAGCAAGAAGACUUGAGCCUAAGAAAUUGGCCCAGGUAAACCAAAAGAAGAUAAACAAAGAUGAAUUAAUUGGAAAAAUAACAUGUAGCUUUUCGUCACAAAUUGAUGAAAAAUUGAAAUCAAUAAACUCACAAUAUGCCGACUAUGUUUCCCCUGCGCAUCAUGAGGUACUUAAAGAGGGCAUCAUACCCGUGAUCAAAUUCAAGAGAUACGUGGACUCACUGUUUUAUGAGAAACGAAAAGUAUUUAUUCCCAUAAAUGGCAGUUUGGUAGAGGAAGAAUUUUUGAUACUCGUUUAUUAUGCAGAAGAACUGAUUCCCCUAUUUAAAGAAGGUAUUAUGAAAAGGCAUAUAAAAUAUGUGAGGCACAAAUACCCUACAUAUAGAGUGGCUGUUUGGUUGAUGGACUAUGAUAAAUUCGUUCAAAAACUGAUGAAUCAAUACAACAAGUUAAUGAAACAAAAAGUCCAACAGGAAUUAGACGGUACAGAUGGGAACUGCAAUUCGAGAAAAAAACGGAAAUCAGCCCAAUCACUUGAUGAGUUAAUCAAACCUAGUGACCUUGAGCAGACAAUUUUGAGCUACGAAAUAAAAUAUAACUUUUCUGUUCAAAAAAUGAAAGGUAUUAAAGAGCUCACAGAAUGGUUGAAGUACAUUGCAUAUACCCUAAGCUCUAAGCAUAUUGAUAAUUUAGAAAGAAAUCAAGAUUUUAAAAACAUUGGAAAAGUGAAGUCUGGAGAUAAACCUCAGGAUGUGUUUAUCCAAAUGCUUACACAAUUCAGGGGCAUUACAGAAAACAGGGCAAGGAAGUUUGUUGAUACCACAAGUAUUAGUGAUGUUGGAAACUUGUUCAGGUCCCUUAAAAGCGGGGAGUACGCAAAUGUUGGGAAUGUCUUGCGUAGCGAUCACAAUACGCUGAUACAAAAAGUACUUUUAUCAAAAAAUGAAAAUGAUCUAUUGUGA